UAAUUAUUAUUUAUGUACAUUUAUUUUGGAUUUUUCGUUGUUCGCCGUUGCAUUUCGUCACUAAUGUACGAGUCCAGUCGGCAUCACGCACAAUCGCAUGUUGGAUUAUAAUUCAUACCCUUAAAUUUGGGGGCUACAAUGCGGCCAGAAAUAUACGAUGUUACCACAGUUCAUGCUGCUCAAUGCCGGGAAAAUUCUUAUAGUGAUGGUAAUGCUUGCCUUUGUAACAACAGCAUGUUCAAAGAAAACCAACGAAUAUAUUUUAACACUGAAAACCGAUGACAAUCGGGCCCUGCAUAUGAGCGCCAGGGGCAAGUUGACAGCGGCGGAUAUAUCAUUGGCACAGUCCUUCAUAAUGAACGGAUCGUUUGUGAACGGCAGCUUCGUCGUCACCAUAAAUGCUCCCAGUGUGGGCUAUUACGUGUGCUUUUCACGUGGCAGAAUAGUUGGAAAGAGAAACGUCACAGACGAUUGUCAUUUCAAAGAGGAGAUGAUUGGCGGCUAUUUUAAAUACACCAAUGCCUAUAACCCAAAGCUGCUUUUGGGCAUCAAGCGUAAUUUUAGGCCCCUUGGACCCAAAGAUUUGAAGAAGUCGCGUCGAGUGCAUAAUGCCUGCUUUCUAUUCUACAGAGCGAAUGCUGAGGAUGUUCGAAGGAAUUUGGAGUCGCUCAGAGAGUUAAAUAAAUCCAUUAAAAAAACAACCACAACCACAACCACAAAAACACCAACAACAAGAACAACAACAAAGCGUCUAGACAAUAUAAAAGGCGAUCAUGGCGAUCAGAAUAAGCCGCGUCGCCAGCAACAAAUAGCAACAGCAAAAAGUAUUAAUAGCGAUAGUUCUUCUUCAAUCCAAACCAACCGGAAUAGCAACUAUAAAAACAAUAGGAACGAUAGUUUUAAGCCCAUUCACCAAGCCAAUACCAACAACAAUACUAACAUUAGGAGCUCUAGCGACGACGAAGAGCUAAAGAAACAGAAGAUUAUACAUUAUAAUCGAAACAAGGAGCAGCGCCGGCAGCAUCGCGAAGAGCAGCUCAAGGAGCACCUGUUGCAACAGCAGCGCAAGGAACAACGUUUCCAGCAGCCGCAGCCCAAGAAUCUGCGUGGCCGCAACCAUCCGCGUAUGCGUCAUCAGAACCAUCAGCAGCAUCAGCGACAGCGAUCCACUGAUAACCAGGAGAAGCCCUCCGGCUCCUCCGACGAAUCUGGUAAGCAGCUACCCACAGCUUCCUCCUCGUCCUCGUCCACAACAUCAAGGGUAUCCAGAGCCUUGACUGCCACAGCAUCGCUGGCACCGUCGGCUUUGAAUUUUUUCGCCAUGUGGGCAGCGAGUCGACGAAAGCGCGGCAGGCGGAAACGAGAAGUGGAAGCGUCAGGCGGCGCCACCAGCAGGGAUGAUAUGGACAUGCAGCUGGUGGAACAAACGACUGUCGCCAGUAGCGAACAGCAUGGACGCUACUAUGAUGCGUUGCAGUCGAUGGCGUCGACGGCGUCUGCGGCGUCUACGUCGGCGUCGGUGCUGGAGGACUGGCAUCAGCAACAAAAAGAAUACUCAAAACCCCAUGUUAAUAGUAAUUUAAAUAGAGUUAAUAUUGUUUAUGAUAAUGAUAAUGCAAUACCUGCCUUGCCAAAAAACUACUUGUAUAUUAACGAGCAUAAUAUGAAUACUAAAAGUAGCACGACUGAUUCUAGUAGUUUAGUAACUAGCACUAAGUUUGGUAGUCAAAAUAGCCAUAGCCAUAGCCAUAGCCAUACCCAUAGCCAUAGACAGAGCAGAGAGUUGGAGGAGGAGCGGGGAGACGAGAGAACGGGGGAAAGUGUGGAUGAGAGUAAGAGUAAGAGGUUCUUUGCUGACAAUAAUCUUAAGCAAUUAUCCGAUCGAAUUGAUGAGCUGAAAACAAAAGACAGCGAAACUAAACAAUUAAUAAGCAGCAAAUACAUUGAAAAUGUUUUAGAAGAUCGCAAUCAUAUUGAUGCUAACGAUAUAAAUGCUGAUAACAACAAAAACAUACCCCAUAAUGAGAAUGUUGUAGAUGUGUUAGAGCACCGUGGCAGUAUUUUCUUUCGCGCCCUGAAUCUGCCACAGCGACUGCAGCUGCAGCUGCAGCAACAACAACAUCAACAACAUCCCUAUAUAAUUAAUCGUAAUGCAAAUGUUAAUGUUGUUAACAAUAACCAUUAUAAUAAUCACAAUCAAGACUUGGCGCCUGAUUAUGACAACCACAAUGCCAAUAAUGUGCUGCAACAUAACCGUAAUAGUAAUUAUAACGAGCAAUUUACGAAUGAUGAUGAAACGAUACGAAUUCAAAAUAAAUAUGAAACACAUAUAGUACAAUACAGACCUGUGGUAUUUAUUUGGUUAGGGAAGCGGGAGUUGGGAUGA